AUGGACUAUGGAUUAGAAACAGUUCCUGAGGAAAAGAUUGAGCUAGCAAAACUAUUCCAAGAUCAACUAUACAUCAACAUGGUUGAUCAAGAGAAGCAUUGGCUAGAUGUUUCUAAAUCUGCAUCAAGUUUUUAUGCGCUCUGCCGAUCUGCCCCGCACGACGCAUGCCCGCAUGCCGUAGCUCUCCUGCCUCUCCAUCAGAGUCAUUGGACCACCUCUCGGAGUCGGCAAAUCCCCUCUGGCCUCUUCGAGUCUUCGGCAGCUCGGCUCUCCAGAGUCCAGCCUCUCGUCUCGGUCCUCAGCGUCUCAGACUCUCAGCCACCAGCUCGCCGUGCAAACUCGAACCCCUAUAUUAAAGGGAAAAUGAGCAAUGACUUGCCUAUAGAGGUGGAGGUGCCAAACUUGGAGGAUGCAAUAAUGACGCAAGCUAAUUCCCAACAUCAGCCUUCAAAUCCCAGUAUGACAAAGGGCUCAAAGGCAACUCUUACAAAUUGGAAAUUUGACCAAGAGGCAAUUCGAAAGGCAUUAUCUUACAUGCUUACUGUUGAUGAAUUGCCUUUUAAAUUUGUAGAGAAUGUGGGAUUCAAACAUCUUAUGAAAGUUGCAUGCCCUCGUUUUCGAAUUCCAUCAAGAUGGACAAUUUCUAGGGAUUGUUAUGACCUUUACAUGGAAGAGAGUCAUAAAGGUGAAGAGAUAGGUAUGGCCAUUGAGAGGUGUUUGUUUGACUGGGGAGUUGAUAAUGUGUUUACAAUGACUGUAGAUAAUGCAAGUUCAAAUGACGUUGCAAUUGCCUACAUAAAAAGAAAAGUUUCAAAUUGGAGAAAAGACAUUUGUGGAGGCAAAUUCUUGCACAUGAGGUGCAUUGCACAUAUAAUUAACCUAGUUGUGCAAGAUGGUUUGAAAGAAAUGGGGGAUUCAGUUGCUCGUGUUAGAGACGUAGUCAGAUAUGUUAGGCAUUCACCUGCUAGGUUGAAAAAUUUCAAGCGUUGCGCAAAAGUAGAAAAAGUAGAAUGCAAAAAGAUGUUAUGCCUAGAUGUUAACACUCGAUGGAAUUCUACUUAUCUAAUGCUAGACACAGCUCAAAGAUAUGAAAUGGCUUUUGAAAGGUUUAGGGAUGAAGAUCCUUCAUUUAGAAUUGAGCUUGAGACUAGGGAUGGCAUACCAAGUAGUUUUGAUUGGGAACAAGUUAGAAAAUUUGUGAUGUUUUUGGAACACUUCUAUGAACUCACUAUACGAGUUUCAAGUUCUUUAUGUAAGUUGGGAUUUGUGCAAUAUGCUCUUUCUAUUAUGUAUGAAGGUGACAAAGGUUUAUUGGUGGGGAAAAAGGUUCAGGAUACAACAUUUGAAUUGUUUGCUGAGUAUAAAAAGUUGUCACAAUCUAAAAAUGAAGAAUCAAAUAGAAGUGAAACUUCAAGCUCGACUUGCUCCACUGGUCAAGGUGAAGCAGUAGAACGAAAGUUCAAAGUUUUGUAUCAAAAGUACAAGACUCAAAUUGGAGGUGAAGAUAAUAAAUCAGAGUUGGAUAGGUAUUUGGGGGAGGAUUGUGAAAAGGACGUGGAGGGCUUUGAUAUUUUGGAGUGGUGGAGGUUAAAUAGUCAAAGGUUUCCCGUCCUUUCACAUAUGGUUCAUGAUGUUUUAGUAGUAUCCAUCUCUACAGUUGUUUCAGAGUCUGCUUUUAGCAUAGGGGGGCGUGUUCUCGAUGCCUUUAGGAGUUCUUUGACUCCUAAAAUUGUUCAAGAUCUUAUUUGUACACAAGAUUGGAUGCGGGGUUCACACACUCCAAUUAAGGUUGAAGAAGACAUAUAUGACCUUGAAAAUCUAGAAAAAGAGUUGUCAAAGGUUGCAUUGGAGUCCACAAUUGGGGAAUAA